AUGCGGCUGUAUAGAGGUAAAGUAUGGUGUCUUUGGUGCGUUUAUUUUUGCGCCUUGUUCCACGGAUCAAUCUCUGCUCCAGUGACUGGAAAGGCAAAUCCCGAGGCCACCAAGGAAGGAGACAAGCUUGCCUCAAAGGAAGAUGAGUCCAAGGGAACCCAAACAAUAAUCCGCCCAACAAACGUGUUCCGUUCAGAUGACCUGAAACUAGCUGCUAAAGGGUUGCCAAAUGGAAAGGAAUUCAAAAGAGACCUUCGUCCAUUUGAAUGGCUCUAUAAUACUUUGGACAAUUACCUUAGAUGUGCCUACUCAAACGGAGCCGAUUGUGAAGGGAGAUUAGUCAGUUCUAUCAAACUUGGAGAAAAUAAGGACCAUCCGGAAACGGUGACAAAUCUUGAUAUUGCUCAGAUACCUUUAAAGGAAUUUAUUCCAUAUGGAAACAAUGGCAACCCAUACAACGCUUACUCACCAAGUCUUUUAGUAGCGCCGCUCCAAAGUUCCGCAACACUGGGUUGGUUUGACAGACCUUUUAGUGGUUUAUGGAAGCCUGCUUUCCCUAUGCAUCAAAAUGGGCCUUCCCCCCUCGGUUCUGGCUACGUUGACACCUCUUUCGACCCUUUCGUGCCUAUGAUACCAUCGUAUUAUGGACCUACAAGGGAGUCGUCUGAGCUUGGAGAAGCAAAUGGCCCGGCGCUGUGGGGGAAACAUCGUGAUCUUGAAAGACCUUUGAGAAAUCCUCUCGUGGCAUUCCCAUAUAAUCGGGGACCAGAUGCGGGUUUUACUCCCUUUUACUUCAACGCAAGAUCCGUGGGUGGAGAAGAGGAUGAUGGAGGUAAACAUGGAUUCGCUAACGGACCUUGGGGAGGUCGAAUCGUACAUCCUCCACCCUUCUAUGGAAACCCGAUGCCAUUACCCAUGAUGAAAAUGCAUACGUUCUGGUAA